AUGGCAAAUCAAGCGCAAUCCAAGAGAACAGAUCGUCCAAGUUCCAACCGUCGUAACCACCUCAAGGAGGCGGACGGGAGCAGUGGGAAUGCGAUCACCGUCAGCAAUUUGUUCCCAAUCGAUCGCUACUACGACGCCUCACAAAAAGUUUUAAAUGCAUUUCAAGUUUCCUUCGAGGAAAAAAAAUUGGACGACGCUUAUGUUUAUGGGAUGCGAUAUUCUAGAUUUUGUGUGAACGAAAUUACAAAGCAUGAUUACUAUAAGGCAACAAAAUUCAACCAGAAGCGAGCCGUUAUGAAUAAACAAGUCACAGAAGUUAUAAACAAACUGGAAAUAGUUGCUGACAUGAUGGAUGCAGAGGAAGUAAUAAAAGAAGCCGAACGCAAAGCAAGGUUUCAGAGACAAAAAGAAGAAGAAGCGAGGAGACGCCAAGAAAAAUUACAAGAACUGCAGCAGCGCGUCAAUCGCCAGAAGCACUCUGCCGUCGUUUCGAGUCCGACGAUAAGCGCAGAAAGUAUACAUGAUUCCGCCCUGGCAAAGCUACAACGGCUCAAUGGACCUGUGGAGCCACCAGCAGUAAGUACUUCCAGAUCACCAUCGCAGUCUAUGGGUGAAAAUACAGAGUCAGAAUUAGAGGAUAGCCAACAGGACCCAGACGGCCUCAUCGCGAGCUCUGAUGAUAUUCCUCCUCCCUUGUUACCACCACAACCUGAUGAUGAGCCAGAACAUUCUGCACCCCCCAGCUACCAGGACAUUGUCAAUUAUUUUGGUCCUAGCAAUAUCCAAUCUACUUCAAUUGAGGAAUCUGAUAAGCCACAGAACAAAAAGGCUGCACCGAAAACAAAGUUGAGUAUUCGCCAGUAUAUCGCGAAUGCAGAACGAGCACGCCUGGCGUUACAACAGCAGAGAAAGAUAUUAGUCUCUCCGCUGCAGACCUAUCAAGGGCGCGUGAGAGGAUCGACGAAUGGUUGCACUGUUAUAUCCGCGACUAUUGCCUCAAAACACCUAGAGACUCACGGUGGUGUGUCUGACGCUCACAUAUGUGACAUUAUCGACAAGGAAUGCAUCCCAUUGUUACGUGAUAUUCGAAGUAGAUUGGGGUUGCAUGGAGACUCGCUUAUCAUUCCCUCGGAUGUUCAUGACCACAUGGUGGACCAUCAUCUCCUUUUCCAGCACAAGUUCGUGGGAGCCGUGGGAGGAAACAUAGUUGAUAGAGAGCAUUUGGGAGAAUUGUUUUCUCUACUGGCGGGGAAACCAGACAAGACAGCACACUUUAAAGCCGGUGCUACUUUUUUCUUCCGGGAGCACGUGGUAUCAAUUUUGAAAUUCCCGACUAGCCCUACAGAGGCAGUAUAUGAUUUAGUCGAUUCUCUGCCAACGUGUAACGGAAGAGGGAGUCGAACAAGGUGCAUGUCCCUAGAAGCACUCAAGGUUCAAAUGGAGUGGUACACGAGCCACAAGUUUAGUGAUUCGAACUGUACAUACAUCGAGAAGAACAAAUGGAACGAUUCGAUGGCAGAUUUUGAUCCACGUGUAUUUCAAGCCUUCGUUUGGGCAAACCUGCCGAAACCAAGUAAUUGA